GUUCCUGAACCCUCGUGGCAUGUUGUAGUUUUGUUUACCCAUUUCCAUCGGCCGAUUCGUUUAGCGUUGUCAUGGAGGCGAAUUCGUCCGGUUUUCCUCCCGAGACCUACUCGACCGCCUUCAACCUGAGGAACGAAAUCAAACAGUAUCUCUCUUCAAAAGGCUUGGUCAAAUUGAAAAACGGAGUCGCCAAAAUCACCUCAAAUAAUAAGGGAAGUGGAAAAGACAGUUGGAGACCCACGUGUUGUGCAUCCAACAACAACAACAACAACGAAAAACGAUGCCGGAGGCAACAAGAAGAGAACAGUUCACUGUUGAAAUUUCUUGCUCUGAACGCACUUGAGCUUUCUGCGCCUGCGAGUGAUGUCCUGUUGAGGUCACAGCAAUGCAGCCCGACGAACAAUUGGUUCCAGCUUUCAGGCCAUCCAGAUUCGUUCGCGCCCGCCGGUCCUGGAACUGUCUGGAAGAAGUGCAGCGGAGGUGAUGAACGGACCGUAUACGAAGCUUUAGGCUGUGAGCCUGCUUUGAGGGACAUCACUCCGGCCUACUUCCGGCAAGUCUACUAUGCCGGUCAGACUUUCAUCGAACUCCAGGACCUGUUACACGGCUUCAGAGAUCCAAAUGUAAUGGACAUCAAAUUAGGAACCAGAACGUUCCUCGAAUCAGAGGUGCAGAACACUACUGCAAGAAAGGACUUGUAUUUGAAGAUGGUCGCAGUUGACCCUGAAGCGCCUACAGAGGCAGAAAGGAACGCUCAAGCGGUUACAAAACUCCGUUACAUGCAGUUUAGAGAACAACAAAGCUCCACAUGUAGACUCGGCUUUAGAAUCGAAGCGAUGAAAUUUCGAGGAUCACCACCAGUUACAGAUCUGAAACGUGUGAAGACCACCGAACAAGUGUCUGACACAAUGUCUCUAUUUCUAAAUACUAGAGAUGAUGUCAAACAAAGAGUUGUAGCCAGGUUGAACGAAAUCAGAUCUAAACUUGACCAAUCGCAUUACUUCUCUAAGCACGAAGUUGUCGGCAGUAGCAUCCUCAUCUUAUACGACGAUACCAAAGUAGGGGCCUGGUUGAUAGACUUUGCGAAAACUCGUCCCGUACCUGAUGGAAUUAGACUGAAUCACAGGACUCCUUGGACUCCUGGAAAUCAUGAAGAAGGGUUCCUAUACGGCCUUGAUAAUCUUAUCAGGGUUUUAGAAGAUGUUAAGACUUCCACUCCUGAAAAUACCGUUCCAGCAAGCAAUCCUUUGGCCUUAAAAUCAUGACUUACUUAGAACGCCGUCUUGUUUUGGAUUCUAGUCUCGGACUUGUCGCAUUGUGUGAUCAAGCAAAUUGACGUUUCCUUUACUGGUUGAACGAACAGUACUUACUAGGCCAAAUAUGAUGCAUUGUGCUUACCGAAGAAUCUCAAAUGUGUGACUCUCUAUUCUGGAA